UUCGGUGUGUCUGGCGGUAUCCGCCUUCGUCAGGCGAUGGGGUGCGGCCCGGACAUCUCAGUGGAUGGUUUCUUGAGGUAAAGGCGGUUGGGGCUGGCAUUGGCGCCGGCACUGGCUGCAGCCACCGGGGGUGAAGGGGUUGGAGGGGGCACAUGGGGACAACUCCAGUUGAGCCGGUGGUGGGGAGGUGAGCAACGCUCUGGUUGUGUAGGCAGCAGGAAUCCACAUCGAGCACAUGUACAGCGGCGGUUCUUGACAGCAAAUGACAACCCAAGGUGUCAUGCUUGUAUGACUACGAAGGCGAAGAGGGGCCCAGUAUAGGAAUUUAUUCCUUUCCCAAGGUUGUCAUCCCAGUCAGUUCCAGUUCAUGUGAUGGUGUUCCUGCGUAAGCCCUGGCAACCGGAGCAAUGUUGCUCACCCAAUCCCUGCCACCGAAAGCUCAACCGGAGUUAUCCUCGCCCUUUCCAUACCCUGGAUCCUCCACCGGUUGUAGUCAGUGCCACAGCCAUGUUAGUCCAGCCUCAGCCUUCACCUUUGCCUCCGGAUUCCGUGAAGCUGGGGUGUCCGGGUUGGGGUGUCAGGCCAGCGGUGUGGGUGGUACGCCGCGAUGGAGAGCGUCAGCUUUCCAGGCUAGCCGAGUAAAAAUUCGGGGUGUUGUGAGAAUCCCGUCUUUGGCUUGAUCACGUCGUCUCGUGUGGUCUUGGUGGAUGAUCCAUGAUGGUU